UAGUCGCUUCAUCGUCCGCAAAGCUGCAGUCUCGCACCGUCGGUCAUACUAAUCGCAGGUCGAAACUUGCACUCAGUGUUGCUCUCGUAAGGGAAAUCAAUCGAUCGAGUUUAGGAGUUUUAAGUGGAGUGAACGCGUACCUGAAGUGUUUCGGCGGCUUCGGAGAAACCUGUUGCACUAAAAACGGAGUGCAGCGCCAAGGAAAGGUCGAAAGUUGUUGAAUUGCAACUCUUACGUAUUUGGAAAUGAAGCGGUUGAUCUUGCUUCUGGCAGUGGCAGCGCUGGUCGGUUACGGCCAUGCCCAGGGCAAUCGAAAGUGCGCAGCGAAUGGCGAAUAUUGUUUGACCCAUUCCGAGUGCUGUUCUGGUAGCUGUUUGAGUUUUUCCUACAAAUGCGUCCCAGUGCCGCCGAGCGCCAGCGUCGGAUCCACGUUCGUCCCAGUUCCCAUUGAGACGGAUAACCGAUUCGGUGGAUCGGUCGAUAGUGGAACCAGCAUUACGCAGAAAACUUGUGCCAAAAAUGGUGAAUAUUGUCUCACCCAUGCCGAAUGUUGUUCGGGAAGUUGUUUGAGCUUCUCGUACAAGUGCGUUCCGACCCAACCGGGAACGUCCAGCGUCCAACAGCAGCCAAAGCCCCAGCCCCAGCAACCGGUGCGGCCGCAAACGCAAUCCCCGCCAGGUACUACCAGUUCCGUAGACUCGAGCAUCGAUUUGGGCAACCGCGUCGGCGAAGGUGACCAAGGUACGACGGCGGUCACGGCUGGGACCACCGCCGGGCCGGCUAAAUGUGCCGCUGUCGGAGAAUAUUGCCUCACCUCGUGGGAAUGCUGCUCUCGAUCGUGUCUCAGCUACUCGUACAAAUGUGUGAACAACUACCCACUGCAAACAUCCGGUGGUCUGCUGCCGGCCCCACCUGCUCCCGUGUUCACCGCUGGACUGGCGAACCGUUUCGACGGCUCCAGCGACACAUCCCCGCCGCCGAAGAAAUGUGCCGCCGUUGGCGAAUACUGUCUGACUGCGGCCGACUGUUGCUCCCGGAGCUGUCUCAGCUUCUCGUACAAGUGCGUCCAGAACUACGACCUGGGCACGCAGCAGCUGCUGCCGUCGGGAAUCCCAGUGCAGCUACCGUCGUCCUCGAUCAACGCCAUUGAGACGGCCAACCGUUUCGGAGGCGGAGGUGAGCGACAAUGUCGCGCUAAUGGACACGCCUGUUUCUACGGCCAGGAGUGCUGCUCGGGAGCUUGCUUUAAAUCGUUCUGCGCCACCCAAAUCAACCUGGGAAUUUCCGAGUCGGCUCUAACGCGCCCAUCCAUCGCCAAUGGGCCAUACGUGCAGGUCAACAGCUUGGACGAGCUGAUAACUCGCUUCGGAGGCGGUGGCGCUGCGGGCAGCAGCACCGGUGGAUCCCCUGCCCGAGACUCCAGUCCCAGUGCUUCGCUGAAGCGGGCGAACAUCGGAACGCUGAGUAACGCCGAGAAGAACUGUGCCAUCGUUGGCGAAGGGUGCUCCCGACAGGAGGAUUGCUGCUCCAUGAGGUGCCAUUCAUAUCGGCGCAAGUGUGUCACGUAGAGGACGGAGCAACGGAGCGACGAUCAGCCGAAGAUGCGGGGAGCUGUGCCAGAUAUGAUGUAUGCUGGGAGCAAUGUCUCCCACAGGAAAGAGCUUGUAAUCUUUAUUUUUUUUAUCGAUGACGGGGAAAAGUGGCACACGGCUGGAUUACAACGGACUGGAUUGUAAAACGUGAACUGCGGAAAUCGGCUGCACCGGCGGAUCGUGAGGAACAGAUUUGCCGGUGUGUUGUUUUUAUUGUUGAAGUCGAUUCUUUUAUUAGACAGCCCCAGGUGCCACCUUCCUCCAUCCAGUUUUGCUUUUAUUUCAUAUUUUAUUCCCUUCAAUCAACAUUUUAUUGAUCAUAUAUAUGUUUUGCUGUGAUGCAACACGAUCCCAGAUAGCGGAUGUGUCGAAAAGCAAUAAGAGUGAGUGAGUAUGAGCGAGAGAGUGAGGAUGUAACUUAGAGGAAAUAAAUCAUAAAUGAAACAAAA